AUGGAGUUCCUUGGAGCCGUGUAUAUUGAAACGGAACUGGAGGGAGGUAAUCGCAGUGUGGUGCCUUUUCACAUUAGCCCGACUAAGGACGAGGAACUUAUUCUGGGCACCAAUGCUCUGGGAAGGUUAGGGAUCAAAGUAUCCGUAGGGCUCACAACAAGAAAAAGAGGAGAUAGAGGAGAUGUGACAGUGAAGGAGCGUGUGUAUGUACCGCCUCGUAGGGUCGCGCUCGUAUCAGUGCUAUGCAGUGGUGACCGUUUGGAAGAGGUGGAGCGAGUGAUUUGGCCUACCAAGGAGGGGGUAGCAGCCGGCGUGUACAGUAUCCGAAAUCAGGAAGCGGUUGUGCCUGUCUUCAAUAAUAGUGAUGAAGGGCUGGUCCUCAAGCAAGGCGAAGAGGUAGGGCGCUGGGGCACCGACAAGUGGCAUCAGCGAUGGGAAGAACUCAACCCACUGAAGAUGGAUAAUGGAGAACACAGGUGGCAAGGGCAAGAAAGGCAUACGGAUCUAUUAACAGUACAUCCGGAUGCGUUUGCAGUAUGUGAGAGAGAACUUUCUCAGACAGAUAUGACAGAAAUGUCCAUCGACACGGGAAACAGUAGCCCUAUAAAAAUGAAAGCAAGACCCGUUCCGUUAGGGAUCAGACCGAAAUUGAAAGAGCUUUUGACAGACUUACUAGAUAGGAAUAUAAUCGAAAAGAGCAAGUCGGAGUGGGCCUUCCCUAUAGUUCUAGUUGAGAAAAAAGAUGGUUCCAUUCGAUUGUGUGUGGACUAUAGGGAACUCAACAAAAGAAUAAAAUUAGACGCCUAUCCACUUCCAAACAUAGAAGCU